AAUAAUAAUUUAAUUUUCUUUCCAGUUGUAUGUCUCUCUCAGACAUUAAAAAAAGCUAAAUUCAUUUAUUUGAAACUCAUUGACUGCGUGUUUCCUUUCUCUCUCCUCUGUCACGAAAGAAAAUUAACAUGAAGCUUUGAUUUCCAAUUUUCCCCGAGAAUACAAAGCUCCUGCUGUGAACUCUCUCCCCAUCUUUAGUUCCUACAAGAAUUCAUUCACUGAUUUUAUGAGAGAUCCGACAAAGCCCUGAUGUCAGAUUCAUUCAAAACGGCGGUGGAUCCGCUUCUGAGAGAUUUGGAUGGGAAGAAGGAGAGUUUCCGGAGGAACGUGGUGUCUAUGGCGGCUGAGCUAAAUCAAGUGAAAGGCCGUUUGGUUUCUCAAGAACAAUUCUUUGUUAAAGAAAGCCUUUCUAGAAAAGAAGCAGAGACAAAAGCUAAGAAUAUGGAAAGAGAGAUCUGUAAAUUGCAGAAGACAUUGGAAGAUAGGAAUUGUCAGCUCGAAGCUUCAACAUCUGCUGCUACAAAGUUUCUUGAAGAAGUGGACGACCUGAGAUCGCAGCUAGCUUUAACAAAGGAAACUGCGGAAGCAAGCGCUGCUUCUGCUCAAUCCGCACAGCUUCAAUGCACAAUGCUCGCAGAACAACUCGACGAUAAAACACGUUUGCUAAGAGAACACGAAGACCGUGUGACUCAGCUAGGCCACCAGCUUGAUAACCUUCAGAGAGAUCUGAGGACAAGAGAGUGUUCUCAGAAGCAGUUGAGAGACGAAGUCACGAGAAUCGAGCGUGAGAUCACCGAAGCUGUUGCAAAGUCAGGUAAAGACAGAGAAAGUGAGCUCAGGAAACGUGUGGAAGAGGUUUCUCCGAAGAAGUUCGAGAGAAUGAACAAGAUGUUGGGUGUGAAAGACGAAGAGAUUGCAAAGCUAAAAGAUGAGAUAAGGUUAAUGUCAGGUCACUGGAAACUCAAGACUAAGGAACUUGAAUCUCAGUUGGAGAAACAAAGAAGAACAGAUCAAGAGUUGAGGAAGAAGGUGCUGAAACUUGAGUUUUGUCUGCAAGAAGCUCGUAGCCAGACAAGGAAGCUGCAGAGGGUAAAGUGGAUUUUAGCUUUACUUGACUUAUAUAUUAGAAACCAAAUGAUUUUAUAUGAAUGGAAAAUGCAGAUGGGGGAGAAGAGAGACAAGGCUAUCAAGGAGCUAAGAGAUCAGGUUACAGGAAAACAGUUGAACGAAUCGGUGUCUGGGGAGAAACAGAACUUUUGGGAUACGUCAGGGUUUAAGAUCGUUGUGUCAAUGUCGAUGUUGAUAUUAGUGGUUGUCUCCAAAAGAUGAGUUCUUUGUGUUCAUAUGAUCUUUGAACUCGCUCCUAUUUUUGUGUGUGAAUGUAGUAGUUGCAGUUAGUAGUGGACCUAGUGGUAGAUAAUGUUUAUUGAGGUACACAAAGAGAAUCUUUACAAACCCUUUUUUAAAGUAUGACAAUUAUGGCUGUUACGAACU